AUGGAGCAAAGCAAUAUGUCUGGUGCUUUCAGGCAAGAACAAGCUAAUUUUGUUAUCGGAACUAUCAAGAAGCCAAUUGAAGGAAAUCUCUUAUUGGCAUGGCAGUGUAAUAAUGAUGUGAUCACUUCUUGGAUUAUCAAUUCGAUUUCCAAAGAAAUUGCAGUGAGUCUAGUUUAUACUGGAAAUGUCAAAGAUCUUUGGGAUGAGUUGAAGGAGCGAUAUAGACAAUCUAAUGGUCCCCAUGUUUAUCAAUUGAGGAAGGAUCUUGUCACAACUGUUCAAAGUACUCUUUCUAUUGAGGCCUAUUAUGCAAAAUUUACUACUAUUUGGAAAGCUCUUGUUGAAUAUUGUCCAAUUGAUGAAUGUACAUGUGGAGGAAUGAAGAAGAUGCUUGAAUUUCUUAUUGUUGAAUUCGUUAUGAUAUUUCUUAUGGGUUUAAAUGAUUCCUUUGCUCAGAUUCGUACUUAA